GGAUGGAGGUCGCCCGCCAAGCCCUGGGCCCCUUGGUCACCGAGCUGUAUGACGUGCAGGCUUUCAAGUUCGGGAGCUUCGUGCUGAAGAGCGGGCUCUCCUCCCCAGUCUACAUCGACCUGCGGGGCAUCGUGUCACGCCCGCGUCUUCUCAGUCAGGUCGCAGACAUUUUAUUCCAAACUGCCAGGAAUGCCGGGAUCAGUUUUGACAGUGUGUGUGGAGUUCCUUAUACAGCGUUACCACUAGCAACAGUUAUCUGUUCAGCCAAUCAUAUUCCCAUGCUCAUUAGGAGGAAGGAAACAAAGGAUUAUGGUACUAAGCGCCUUGUAGAAGGAGAGAUUAAUCCGGGGCAGACCUGUCUGGUCAUCGAGGAUGUCGUCACCAGUGGGGCCAGCGUUUUGGAGACUGUUGAAGUUCUUCAGAAGGAGGGUCUAAAGGUGACUGAUGCCAUCGUGCUGUUGGACCGCGAGCAGGGAGGCAAGGACAAGCUGCAGGCUCAGGGCAUCCGUCUCCACUCUGUGUGCACGUUGUCGGAAAUGCUGGAGAUCCUUGAGCAGCAGAAAAAGAUCGACGCUGAGAUGGUCGGGAGAGUGAAGAGGUUCAUUCAGGAGAAUGUGUUCACAGCAGCUAACCAUAAUGGCGUUCCCCCUCCCGAGAAGAAAGCAUGCAAGGAACUGAGCUUUGGCGCCCGAGCAGAGCUGCCUGGAGUCCACCCACUUGCCUCAAAGCUUCUCACGCUCAUGCAGAAGAAGGAGACCAAUCUGUGUCUGUCUGCUGACGUGUCGGAGGCCAGAGAGCUGCUGCAGCUAGCCGAUGCCCUAGGACCCAGCAUCUGCAUGCUCAAAACUCAUGUCGAUAUUCUGAACGAUUUUACUCUGGAUGUGAUGGAGGAGUUGACAACCCUGGCAAAACGCCAUGAGUUUUUAAUAUUUGAAGACAGGAAAUUUGCUGAUAUAGGAAACACAGUUAAAAAGCAGUAUGAAAGUGGCAUCUUUAAAAUAGCUUCCUGGGCAGACGUAGUGAAUGCCCAUGUGGUGCCAGGCUCAGGAGUUGUGAAGGGCUUACAGGAAGUGGGUCUGCCUUUACAUCGAGCCUGCCUGCUCAUUGCAGAAAUGAGCUCUGCUGGCUCCUUGGCCACUGGAGACUACACCAAAGCAGCAGUUGGGAUGGCUGAGGAGCACUGUGAGUUUGUCAUUGGCUUUAUUUCUGGCUCCCGAGUAAGCAUGAAACCGGAGUUUCUUCACUUGACCCCAGGAGUUCAGUUAGAGACAGGAGGGGAUCACCUUGGCCAGCAGUACAAUAGUCCCCAAGAAGUGGUUGGUAAACGAGGUUCUGAUGUCAUCAUUGUGGGCCGGGGAAUACUCGCAGCAGCAAACCGCCUGGAAGCAGCUGAGAUGUACAGAAAAGCUGCCUGGGAAGCUUAUUUGAGUAGGCUUGCUGUCCAGUGAGAAGGCACUGAACGUGGGUGGUAGCCCAAAGUCGCUGGCUUCAAAGAACAGUGCUCAGGGUCCUGCACAGGGUUUGUGAGAGACAGACUCUGCAGCACCGUGUUGUGUCUUUAACUUGUAACCACUGCACUGUACUAUAACGAGCUCUUUAAAGCUUU